GCAAUUAAUCCGUUGCAUGUAACUAUACUCCCUUGAAGCGGUGUGGUUUGCGCAUGCGCGUGACGUCACGCUGAGCGCAGUCUCACUCAGGCCUUGUUGACGUUCAGUUUCAUACUCACGCCGCUCUCAGUCACGAUGCCGACUAUUAAACUGCAGAGCUCUGAUGGAGAGAUGUUUGAGGUGGAUGUUGAAAUCGCCAAACAGUCUGUGACUAUAAAAACCAUGCUUGAAGAUCUGGGGAUGGAUGAUGAAGGAGAUGAUGAUCCGGUUCCUCUGCCCAAUGUAAAUGCAGCCAUCCUGAAGAAGGUGAUUCAGUGGUGCACCCAUCAUAAAGAUGACCCUCCUCCCCCCGAAGACGAUGAGAAUAAAGAGAAGAGAACGGAUGACAUCCCCGUGUGGGACCAGGAGUUCCUCAAAGUAGACCAGGGCACCCUCUUCGAGCUCAUUCUGGCUGCAAAUUACUUGGACAUCAAAGGCUUGCUAGAUGUUACUUGCAAGACGGUUGCUAACAUGAUCAAAGGCAAAACCCCAGAGGAGAUCAGAAAGACUUUCAAUAUCAAAAAUGAUUUCACAGAGGAAGAGGAAGCCCAGGUACGUAAGGAGAACCAGUGGUGUGAAGAGAAGUGAAGAUCCUGACACUUUAACACUACUUUUAUUUUAUUUUUAUUUUUUAUUUUUGGAACAAUAUGUAAUUAAAAAAUUGCACUGCACUGUUCAUAUUUGUUGAGAUUUAACAUACAGAAAAAAUCCCUUGUGUUUUGCUAGCAUGGCCCUUCUCCUCGCUUCUGUGGUGUAAAAUCCUUUUUUACUGCCAUUCCUGUUCUGAUGCUCACCGUGUAGAGAAAACGCUCCCAUUUCUACCACGCUUUUAUUUUAUUUCAACGGAGCUUGUCACCAAAUGGCAGAUUCUGUUUUCUGUUUUUGAGAAAGGAACGUAUAGCGUAAGCAGCCUUCUUUGUGCUGAUGAAAGACCAGUGUUGACGUUUGAAAGCUGUCUUGUGAACUGGAAGUACUCGUGUCUGCUUUCACUUCAUCUGCUCUGCCUCCGUGUAUAGGAUUGACAGUCUUUCACGGUUCUGCUCCUAAAUGGCAGGCGAUUAGGAUUAUCAAUCUUUUGGUUCAGAAUAAAACAAGAUUAUUGUCA